AUGAUAACAUCUUGCCAGCUGGAAACCCCUCGACAUGAGCUUGCGCCUGACUUCUCGCGCCUAUGGUGGCAGUGUCAGGCCCAGGGCGGGAGCAAGAAGAUGUGCGACGCAGUGCUGGCAAACUCGGUGAAAGCUGUUGUGCAGCAGCUCGCACCCGCACACCCCGGACAUGGCAAAGUCUCGAGCAGGACGUUCCAAUCCGCCAUCACUGCUCGCAGUAGUAGCCUCCUAUGUCAGGCUGCACAGAGCGCCUCUUCGUAUUGGCAUACUCUAGCAAUGGUCGAUCUUGGCUCGUGGGGCGAGUUCGCCUUGCGGACGUGGGUCAACAUCAACCCUUCGACACAAUGGGCCAACCGACAGGUCGAGCCAUUUCGAGGUCUUCCCUUCGGCACCUUUCUGCAUACAGCCCGCCCUCGCAGACAGAGAAGACUCACUGGCCCGCUGGAUGCGACGCAGCACUCCCUGUGGCAUAGGCUGCAGAUCUUGUCGUCCUUGGAGCCGGAACAGCAGACGAGUCAUCAGUCGCAAAGCGCAUUCCUCACGAAGCUGCCAUAUGAUGUCCGAUUGAUGAUCUAUGAAAUGGUCAUUGGCGGCAAUGUCCUGCACCUUGAAGCCCAGAAUCAGAAGGCCCGAAUCCUGCACAACAUCUGCAAGCAUCCUGACGAGAUCAACAAUGUCGGCAUGCAUCAGCACUGCUCGAACUUAUCGACCGUCAGCCCAUCCGCUGCUCCACGAGAGGACUACCCACACGCGACAGGCUUGCUACCGCUUUUGGUCACCUGCCGACGAGUCUAUUCUGAAGCCAUCGACACGCUGUACAACGCGAACACUUUCCAGUUCACCCAGAACUUUGCUGCCUUCACGUUCUUGAAGUUCAUGCUUCCAGAGCAGCGCAUGGCCAGCUUCCGACACUUCCGCCUGCAUCUUCGGGUCCCACGGCACCCAGCUCUGAAUAAUCGCGCCUUGAGGGACUGGCAGGACUUGUGGGCCUUUUUCCGGGAUGAGAUGACUGGCCUCCUAAGUCUAUACCUACAAAUACAAAUGCUCCAGCCGAUGGAAGAGCAGAUUCAGUCUACCAGCGACAACGAUGCCGCCGGUUGGAUUGCGCCGAUGGUCAUCAUGUCGAUGGACGCCUAUCAGAAGCGCGGAUGUCGCGUGAUCGUCCAGAUCCGCGAUCAACGGCAUGAACCUGCGGCAAUGUUCCUCGACAUCACCCGCUCGAACACUGGCGCAAGCAUGGAGCAGGUACUUCGAUUGACUUGCGCAGCGCUUCACGAGAGGAUUCGCAUCUCGCUUGGCUGA